GUACGGUUUGACUUCAACAAAAUAUCAGUCCCCCCCAAAUCCUCUUUUUCUUCCUUCAUCCAAUAAUUUCUUCUACAAAAAUCAAUUAAUUUUUUUUCCAGUAAAAAAUGGCCAUGGCUGGUUUGUAUAGACGAGUCCUUCCUUCUCCUCCGGCGAUCGAUUUCGCUUCAUCGGAAGGAAAGCAACUUUUUAUUGAAGCCAUUCAGAGUGGAACCAUGGAGAACUUCUAUAGAUUGAUCUCCUAUUUUCAGACACAGUCAGAGCCCGCAUACUGUGGGUUGGCCAGCCUUUCCAUGGUCUUGAAUGCCCUAGCUAUUGAUCCUGGAAGAAAAUGGAAAGGACCUUGGAGAUGGUUUGAUGAGUCUAUGCUGGAUUGCUGUGAACCUUUGGAAAAAGUUAAAGCUCGAGGCAUCUCAUUUGGGAAGCUUGUAUGCUUGGCUCAGUGUGCGGGAGCGAAAGUUGAGGCAUUCCGUACAAACCACAGCACCGUUGAUGAUUUCCGUAAAUAUGUCAUGAGAUGUUCCACUUCAGACGAUUGUCAUUUGAUCUCAUCAUAUAAUAGAGCAGCUCUCAGACAGACAGGAACUGGUCAUUUUUCGCCAAUUGGUGGUUAUCACGCUGGAAAGGACAUGGCACUUAUCUUGGAUGUUGCACGUUUCAAAUAUCCUCCCCAUUGGGUUCCACUGAAACUUUUAUGGGAAGCCAUGGAUCAUUUUGAUGGAACAACUGGACAACGUAGAGGGUUCAUGCUUAUAGCCAGGCCUCACAGGGAUCCUGGACAGCUUUAUACCCUGAGCUGUAAACAUGAGAGUUGGAUUGGUAUUGCUAAAUACUUAAUGGACGAUGUUCCUCUUCUGCUGAAGUCAGACAACGUCAAAGACAUUCAGAAAGUUCUCUCUGUAGUUUUCACAUCUCUUCCUUCCAACUUUGAGGAAUUUAUCAAGUGGGUUGCAGAAGUCCGGAGACACGAGGACGACAGCCAAGGUUUAAGCCCAGAGGAGAAAGCUAGGCUUUCUGUCAAGGAGGAGGUAUUGAAACAGGUUCAGGACACGGGCCUUUUUAAACAUGUAACAUCGUUCCUGUCUUCAGCAAAUUUAUGCUGCAAACACUCUAUAACUUCUAGAUUUGGAGAGGAUUUACAGAAUAUUGCGGCAAGUGUGUGUUGCCAAGGGGCAGAAAUUUUGUCAGGGAACUCCGGCUCUCAGGCUUAUUGCUGUCAGGAAACAUGUAUCAGAUGCUUGAAGGCUAACGGUGACAAGCCAAUCACAGUGGUAAGCGGAACUGUUGUAAAUGGCAACACUCAACAGGGGGUUGACGUGCUAGUACCUUCUUCCCAGACAAAACCAACUUGCAGCUGUACUGGUUCAAGAAAUUACACCGGCUUACAUCCAGCUGGAGAUGAUGUUCUAACAGCUCUUCUUCUGGCCUUGCCUCCUGAGACAUGGUCGGGGAUCAAAGAAGAGAAGCUUUUGCAGGAAAUACGUAGCCUUUUUUCGACUGAAAACCUUCCCACUUUGCUUCAAGAAGAGGUGUUGCACUUACGACGCCAGCUUCAUCUUCUGAAGAGAUGCCAAGAGAACAAGGUGGAUGAGGUUCUUGGUGCACCUCUCUGUUAGCACAUCCUUUUUGUUCUGUAAUUUUUUCUAUUGUUUUGUUUAGUUCUAAGCAAACAGGGUAUAACUAACUCAGACGGCAUAUCGCUGCGAUCGCAACCUCAUGGGUGGCGUGCCUAGACGUGCCCGCCGCAGGUAGAAGAGCCAUGGUAAAAGAGACUUGCUCGGGAGAUGGAAGUGGUCUUCAAAAACGGGUUACGCUUCUUGAAUUUAGUUGUAGCUGUAGUAACAUAGGCAUAAGGGCAUAUGCCAAAAACAAAAAAGUAGGAAGAAAGAAAUAGUUUUGAAGCAAUUAUCAUCAGACUUAAAAGGGUUGUGACAUUGAAUUUAAUUCAUCGCCAAACAAAUGUACAAUUUAUUCGAGUCAAAAGGUCUAUACUUAUUUAUUUAUUUAA